UACUAGGUUCGGUGCGGUCCGGUCCAAACUUUGGUUUGUUCCGGUGGGGUCCGGUACGGACCGGACCAUUGCACACCCCGAACUCUGGCAUCUUAUCACAUGGAAGGAGAUGCAAAUCAAUGGUGGUAGUGAUUGGAAUGCAAUUACACUACGAUAGGAUUGCCGAUCACUUGGGUAAGAUUCAAGAAAGAGUUAUGGGCACGUUUUGGGCUAGCGAAUGGGCAUCUAGCCAUGAAGCUCUUGCCAAAAUUAAGCAAACAGGGUCACUUAGUGAUUAUUUGUUUGCAUUGAGAAACUUGGUAAUCGAUGCUAUGGAUGGACGAAAGAAGCAUUGGUGGGAUCAUUUAUUGGAGGGCUCAAACCAGAAAUAUCAGAUGUUAUCCGGAUGUUCCGACCAGAAACGGUGCGAGAGGCCUUCGUCUCGCCAAGGUGAAAAAUGAAGAAGUUAGAAAGCAUCGUCUAGUGGUUCGAGGGAUUCCACGACAAGGCAUGGAGGCAUGGUCUUCAUCGACGGCCGCAUCAACACCACAUGAGCCACCUCGUCAAACUGUGAUACAACGGAUGUCCCCAGAAGAAGUAGCUCGAUGUCGUGCACAAGGAUUAUGCUUCCAUUGUGAUGAGCGCUUCACCAUUGGCCCCCGUUGUGCGAAUAACAACCUUCUUCUCAUGAUUGGCGCAUGCGGUGAAGGGGAGGAGGGCACAUUCAUCGAGGAGGAAGACCAACCUCGAGGGCAAGGUUGUGCUCAAGGAGGGAGAGAUAUUACGAGAUCGGGCCAUUGUAGCAUUUCGCAAAAGACUGGACUUGUGUAUCUUUAGUAUUUAAUUAUUACUUCGUAUUUGGAUAUUAUUGGGUCUUUAUUAUGAUUGUCUUAAUUAGUGUUUUCCUUGUUCAAGUUGGUUUUGGUUAUUGUUAGUUGUUUCCUUAGAGAAGUAGGAGUCAUAUUCUAGAAGGGAAAAGGUAGAGGCUUCUAUAUCUAUAAAUAUUUACUUGUUUCAUUUGUUUAAUGAUAAGAAAAUUGGAACCCAAAUAUUUAGGUUUUGCUAUUUCCUUAGUUAUUUCCUUUGAGGGUUCUUUGUGUUUUGUCCCUUUUACGAGAAAACCCUAAAAACUCCAUCCCCUUACAUCACAUACCGUAACAGUCAAAUGGGCGUCCUCGUCGAAAGCAGAGGACUCGUCACUCGUUAGUGGCCAGCCUUCCUCGACUGUAAGUCGUCUUGCCAAAAUCAAUUGGUCUCGAGCCUCUCCCUGAAGGUUGAAAGACGAUUCGCGACCUGCUCCUCCGUCCUCCAAUUCGACUUCUCCAGGCAAACAGAAGAGGAAGAACGAAGAUCCUAAAUAUGCACUGUCGGGCGCAGCCAGCUCUCCCCCGUCUCGUCUCUUCCCUCUGUCCUUCUACCUCUUCCUCAUGUCUUCCUUCGUCUCUCCUUGGCGAUAGAGGCGGAAGUAGAUCCUUCUCCGUCGUCCAUAGCGCGAUUUAGCGGCGAGAUUCUACAAUCGGAUCCUGAAAUUCGGCCAGAUCCACCCCCUGCGUCGGUCUUCAGCUAACCGCGACACCGACCCGAAUCCAUCGACGACGGUUUUCGGCUAACCGACAAGUCAAUCGGGGUCGGUGGGAGUUGAGGUUUUUGGAUGAUUUUCGGUUGCAGUUAACCACGUUUGCGGUUUGGUUAAAACCGAAACUGCACUGCUAACAGCCCUAAAAAUUCCCACUAAUUUAUACAUAGCUCAUUCUCAUCAUUCUGGUGUUGGUUCGGGUGAUAAUAAUAAGGAACAGUUAAUCUAUUUGCGUCUAUGGUAUGAAGAGUUUAGCUAUGUUAGAUUGGUAGUCAUGCUUAGUUAUUUUAAUUAACUGUUGUAGCCUAUUACAUUUGACACCUUCUUUCAUGAUCUCAUAAAAGUAUGUCUACUAUAGAUUGGUAGUUUUGAUUUUUGAAUUCAAUUAAUUUAGCAUUCAAUAUUAUCAAAUUUAUUUUGGAAUUUGAACUGCAAUUGAAUUUAGAACGUUAGUUGAUAUCCUGAAUUUCGAUAUUUGAUAGUAAAAUACCAAUAUCAUGCUCGGAUUGUCCUAUGGCACUUGUUUUGACUGGCCGUAAGUUGCUUCAAAAGCUUCCUUUCGUCCUCAGACCAACACCAAGGAGGCGGCACGAAUUCAUGCUACAUAAAAUUUGGGGUUAAUUGCAUGGUUGGUCACUGAGAUUAGAAAAAACGUUCAAGUUUGGUCACUCGAAAUAUUUAAAUCUAUUAGUGGUACUUCACUUUACAAAAACCGUUCACGUUUGCUCACUCUCCGUUAGCUGUCGUCCAUCUCCGUUAAAUGAAUCCAUUAAGUGAUGACGUGGCGGACGAAAUCGUCUAAUCAACACUAUUUAACACG